AGGGAAAGGAGAAGGAAGCAUGAAGUUGAGCACUCCCUGAAUUCACAGCCCCCCACCUGUGGGAUCAUCAUCCCCCCAUCCCACAGUUGCCCAAGGAGGGGAAGCUCAACCCAGAUAUCCUGGGUGGUCUCUGGGUUGGGGUUUUUGUGGGAGGGAUGUGUGGAGAAUGAAGAUCUCCAAAGCUGAGUGGAAAAUGCCCCUUGGAGGGACAUUGGGGGUUCCCAGUGGCGGCUGCCAGCAGAGGCAGCCUGGAGGAGCAGAGCCCUGUGACCCCCCCCAGGACCCCAAAAUGGGGAGCCCAGAGAGGAGAAGCGCUGCGAUUUAUGGGACCCUCAGCAGCCUGGAGAGGGGCAGGGGGGACUCCUUGGACCCCCUGCAUCCCAAAGUAGCGAAUAAGGAGAGAAAGGACUCUGGAACCUAAAAACCCCCGCUAUCCCUAUAUGUUGAGAUGAAAAUGGGGGGAACUUUUCGGAUUGCUGGCACUCACAGCAGCCUGGGGAGGGUCGGGACCGAGUAGAAGGGGGACCAUCAGUGCAAGUGUGACCCCCAGCAGCUGGGACAGGAGGGAAACCCUGAACACCAAAUGGGAGAGACCAGAGAUGGGGAACUCCUGGGAGGUAUUUUCAAAGCUAAAACUUGGUGUUUUGGAUAUUUAUAUGGGCACCAGAUGCCCAGUGACUUCAAGAGGUGGACUUGUGCAGAGAACCCCCUAACCCCCAAUGUGCUUAUGCACUGUAUUUUUGCCCAAACCAGGAUUUCUCAUUCCCAGACCUUGGCUGGAUGGAGGAGGAGGCAGCGAGGAAGAGGAAAAUGCCCCAGGACACCCAGGCAGAUAAGGAGCCAAGGACAGAGACCAGGGGGGACAAAUCCCUGGGGCACAACCUCGUGGAAGAGGCCGUUUUGAGCAGCUCCAUGGUGCAGGAAUCCAAUGGUGAGGAAAAUCCCCAGAGAUCUCGUAGGAGGAGGGGCUUCAAACCCAGCCCAGGGUGCUCUGAGGAGGAAAGAUCCACCCUGUGCCGGGAAGGCGGCCGGAGAUCCAGCCAGGGCUCUGAGCUGGUGGUCCAUGAGCAGCUUCAGGAUGGGGAGAAGCCCUACAAGUGCUUGGAGUGUGGGAAGAGCUUCAGCCGGAGCAACCGUCUGAUCUGCCACCAGAUGAUCCACACUGGGGAAUGGGCCUGUGAGUGUGAGGAAUGUAGGAAGGGCUUCAGCUACAGCUCCAACCUCAUCGUCCACCAGCACAUCCACACUGGGGAGAGGCCCUACAAGUGUCCUCAUUGUGGGAAGAGCUUCUCCCAGAGCUCCAACCUGACCAUCCACCAGAGGAUCCACACUGAGGAACGGCCCUACAAGUGUGGGGAAUGUGAGAUGACCUUUAGCUGGAGGUCCCAACUGACCAUCCACCAGAUGAUCCACACUGGUGAGAGACCAUAUGAGUGUAUGGAGUGUGGGAAGAGGUUUCAGACCACCUCCAAUCUCCUCAUGCACCAGCGGAUUCACACAGAUGAGAGGCCCUUCCGCUGCCCUGAUUGUGGGGAGGGCUUCAAGCAAAACUCCACCCUCAUCACCCACCGGCGCAUCCACACCGGGGAGAAGCCCUACGAGUGUGGAGAAUGUGGGAAGAGCUUCAGCGACAGCUCCAGUUUGAUCCGCCACCAGAGGAUCCACACUGGGGAAUGGCCCUACAAGUGUGGGGAAUGUGGGCAGACAUUCAGAGAGAGGUUCAAACUGAUCAUCCACCAGCGCAUCCACACUGGGGAGAGGCCCUACAAGUGUAUGGAGUGUGGGAAGAGGUUUCAGACCAGCUCCUAUCUCCUCCAGCACCAGAGAAUUCACACAGAGGAGAGGCCCUUCCGCUGCCCUGACUGUGGGACGGGGUUCAAAUACAACUCCAACCUCAUCACCCACCGGCGCAUCCACACUGGGGAGAGGCCCUACGAGUGUCCCCAGUGUGGGAAGAGCUUUACCCAGAGCACAGCCUUGGCCCAACACCAACAGAGGCACCGAUAAGGGAAGCCCUACGAAUGCCCAAAGUGCAGGAAGAGCUUGGUUUGCUGCUCCAGCUUCUUUCCCCCCUUGGAGGACUCAAGUUUUGCAGAGCCCUAAAGACCCAUGUUCCCAGUGAUCUGCAUUGGGAGGACACUGGGAUGGUGGUCCUUUUGUUUUGGCUCUAAUUUUCUUUUGAUUCAUCUUCAUCCCUUUAAAACAGACAAAAUUUGGGUAAAAAUCAACAAAUUCAUCAAAGGCAUCUAAAGCCUCACUUUUAAUAGUGCUUCAAGGGAAUCUGGGAGAAACUUGGGAGGGUUUUGGGGGAUAUUUGGUAUAGUUGUCUCCAUUUCUUGGCACUCAACAAGAUGAGAUGCUUCAAUCUGUCACCUCAAAACCACUCAAUGCCACUGAAAACUACUCAGUCCCACCCCAAAAUUACCAGAUUCCACAGCCUUUCAGGGUGUGAUGCCUUAAGUUUUAGCUUUCAUAUUUUUCAUAUUCUGCACUGCCCGGGUUUGUAGUUUUGAACUUCAUAUCAAGUGUUAGUGAGCUCUCUUCACAGAGUAGGUAGACAAAACAAUUCCUUUUCUAGCUUGAUACAAAGGACAGCUGUGAAGAGUUUCAGGCCCAAAAGCGUAAACAGGGGUGGACUGAAGAGAGAAAACAAGAAAGAUGGGACUUCAUCUUUUGAAGCAGUAAUUGGACCAUGAACCCCAAUAUGCAGAUGGACCUAAACUUCUAAAAAUGUGAGACCUUGUGCUCAGUUGUCCAUUUUUGUGACCAU